AUGGGGAUGGUGGAGGAGGGAGGAGUGGAGGAGAUGGAGACAAAGACAAAGGUGGAAAGUUGGCAGGAGUUAGGACUGUCGGGAGUUGGAUUGUGUCCGCAGUGCCUCUCACUCUCACCUCGGACUCGCAAUCAAUACGGAUGCAGCUUCUGCCUUGGUGACGGUGGUGGUGGUGGUGGUGUUGAUUGUAAUUUGAAUGUUCGUGGAGCCAAUGGUGAUGAUGAAUAG